AUGUCCGACAUAAGAGACGAAAUUGCACAAUCUCGACAAAUUUCAACAACAACAAACCAAAAAUCUAAUGAGAAAAAAAUUGAAAAUACUGGAGUUCCAGAACAAUCAAAAGAUGUACCAUUUAAAGUGAUACACUUGAUGCAAUUUGACAAUGGAAUGUUCAAUCCUUAUCCUAUAAUUCAUGAGAGAAAAGAAUGUUCUGAAAUAGACAACAAAUUGGAUAGAAAUGAAGUUAUAAAAAAGUGGGAACCCUAUUUAUUAGGAGACAACCUACAUCCCAAUCAACCAAAAAAGUUGAAAGUGAAAUUUAUAAUGUCAAGAUCAAGGCCAGAGAAAAAUCAAUCAAUAAGUGAACAAGAGAAGGAAACUUCAAAAAUAGAUGAUGCAUCAACAAAUCAAGGAAAAAAAACAACUGAAGAGGAAGCAAAAACUGAUCACCUACAACAAGAAAAGGCUGGAUCAGAAUUAGUGAAUACAGGAAAUCAAUCACCUAAGAAAGACACAAGAGAGGUUGAACAACUACAACCAAAAAAGGAUGCAGCAGGAAAUGAAUCAACUGAAGAUGAGCCUCCAAAAGAGGCUACAGCAAAGGAUCAGCCUACACAACAAGUGAAGGCUAUAGCAGAGGAUGAGCCUUCAGCAGAGGAAGAGCCUCCAAAAGAGGAUGAGCCUCCAGCAGCAGUUGAAGAAACACAUUCAUACAUAAUGCAAAAGAAAAAAUUAAAAGUUUCAACUCAAGGAAUACUAAAAAAACUGACAAAAAACUGGAAAAAUGCUCCUGUUAGCAAGGUCAUUGCUGCUAAAAAGGCCCCUGCUACAACUGUUGAUACUGCUGGAAAAGCCACUGCUGCUGAAAUGGCCCCAGCUAAAAGUCCUCUGCUGCAGAAAAAUCCCAUGCAGCAAGUUCUGCAAAUGCACAACAGAAGGCCCCUACUGAAAUUAAAAAAAAUCCUAUUAGGUGGUGAAGAAAUUGAGAUUGAGGAUGAAACAGAAGAAGAAUUGGAAAGACAAAGACAAGAAGAAUUGCAAAGGGAUGAGGAGUUGACAAGAAUAUUGAGAGAUGUUAAGUUGCCUGGCAUAUCAGCUAUAGCAACAGCUGCUGCAGCAAUUGCUGAAAACCUACCAGCAGCAACAACACCCAAAAAACCUGGGCGUCCAAGGGUUGCAACUGCAGUUGCAGAGAAACCUGCUGAGAAAACAGGGCGUACAAGGGCUGCAGUUAUUGGGAAAGCAGGCCAAAAAGGUGGUCAGAAAAGACCUGCUGCAUCAGCCAAAGGUCCUGCAAAAAAAAGAAAAGUCAUAGAUCAAGUGCCUUAUGAUAAACCAUCAGAGGAUGAAGAACAAGAAGAAGUCCCUGCAACAAGUUCUGCUCCUGCAGAAAAUAAAAUUCUUAAAAAGUAG